AUGAGCCAGCUGCAAAUGGACCACGAGCAGCAUCACCACCACCAGGACCAGGCCUAUGACGACAGCAACUCGAACUGGGCCGAGACUAACACAUACAGCCAUCCCCACCACCAGUCGCCCGUGCAAGACUACAAUGGCUUCAACAACUAUGCCCCGCUGCCCAUGGAACCGCUUUAUACCACCGGCAUGCACCCACCUAGGACUACUCAUCCGCAACUCCAACCCUUGAUUAUGCCCCAAUGGCCGAGCAUGUUGACCAGCCAGUCGACCUAUGUUCCUCCCAUAUUCCCUUCAGCACCGGUGCCCAUCACGCCGGCAUCCGCAACCCCAGUAUCAGCGACAUCUACCCGAUCGCACACUUCAUCCACCCCACGGAAGACCCUGACGGAUUCGGAUCGCAGGCGAAUGUGUCUCUACCAUGAAGAGCAUCCAACAGUAAAGCAGACUGAGAUCGGAGCAAUGUUCGGUGUGGAGAGAAGUACCGUUUCGAAGGUCUUGCGCCAGAAAGAGAAGUAUCUGUAUCAGGACGACGGAAGCCGUUCACCCAUCAAAAGGUCCAAAGGCAAGUUUCCUGACAUUGAGAGGGCACUUUCGAACUGGGCGCGAAACCAUCAGAGACAAGGCCUGCCUUUAAAUGAUGCCAUGAUACGAGAGAAGGCCAAAUUCUUCGCGACUACAGUGGGCAACUCAGAGAGCCAUCUGAAGGCGAACAGCGCCAGCUGGCUCGAGAAAUUUAAGCAAAAGAAUAAUCUCAUGGGUGCGAAAUCCAGGAAGAGUUCAAUAGCAGAGGAAUCUGAAGGUACUUCGAACCCGCCGUCAAACGCACACACUCCUGGAGGCAUCUCACCGACAUCGCCGAGCGGGGUAGCGUCCCCCUCGCCCAUCACCCUGAAGAAGAGCGAGGAGAAUCUCUCCCUCAAGACAGAAAGCCCUGACAAUUAUGACUUUUCAAAUCAUCAUCGGCCGUUUCAUUCUCAGAGUAACACAUCACUUUCGAGCGUGUUUACGGACACCGCUCCGUCGUCUUUCUCUGCAGGGGCUACUAGUCCCACAUCGCCCUUCUUCACUCCCGACUCAGCGUGCGGAACGAGCCCCUUUAUUGGACAUCAGCAAGCCAGAGGACAGCCUGGAAGCAGCAAUUUUCAGCGACCGCGAAGCCAAACGUUCCCGAUGCUUGUCGGCGUGGAGCAGUACAUGUCGCCACCACCCUCGUCCGACGCCCUAACACCGAAGUAUAUUCACAGCACGGCGCUUGAGUCUCCCAUGGGUGAUGUGCGACCAUCCCUGGCCGCCGUUGAAGAAGCGAUGCAAGCAUCGCCAACCCAGGUUUCUGCCACGAUGCAGCCGCCUCCUGUUCCUGCGUCUCUAUCGCAAUCAACUUCAAUAGGAAUGGAUACUACAUCGCCCAUUACUCCGUCUCAGGAAGAAGCGCGUCGUGCAUUGGAGCUCGUUAUGAGUUUCUUCCAGCAACAACCGAGCGGAUUUGUUGAACCUCAAGAGUAUGUUAUGAUUGGCAAGCUCAUGGAGAAGCUCAAACUCAACCGGAGCUCUCCAAGCUUGCCGUCAGGAAUGCGCCGUGUGUCAGAGCCGGAUUUUGGGAUGGUCCACAAGGUUGAGAACUCUCUCGAUACGAUGAACUCUUCAUCCUGA